AUGCAGUCAAUACCCCUGGACAGCACACUUGGGGGUAGUGGUACCCGUUACUUCUCGGCACUCGAACGACUUCGUUUCGCCCAAGAAUCAGACGAGGUCGACCGCAUCUAUAAUCAUUACGACUUGUCGUCCGUCAAUCUGAAACACAGGAAACACCGGCAAGCUCUCAGCUCGCCCGAUACCCUCUGGGCCACACCAGGAGCAAAGUGCCGCGACUCAUACUUCACGGCCGUCUCAGACGACUCGUGGGUCCUCAGCUACCCGGACAAGGUCAACAAGGCCGAGCUCACGAGGGAGGAGCAGGUCAGCCUGGUCAAGCACCUCCGAGCGAGUGUCAUCCUCGACGCAGCCAGCGUGGCUAUCGCGCGAGCCCACCACGUCAACAGCAACGAGGCGAACCGUCUGCCCACCCCGGAUAUCGAUCACUCCACAGCAACCCUCUCCUCCAGGACGGGCAGCCCCGACUCCAUGUUGACCAGCGCAAUGACCAGCAACCAGGACGCAAGCGGUGGUGCUGGUGGUGCUGGUGGCGCUGGUGCUGAUGUCGACAAGAAGGACGGUGUGAGGGAGAGCCUGUAUGACAGCAUCCGAUGGCUGGACGAGGAUGGCGCCUUGGACCUGGGGCUUGCCCUGGACGACUACCACGCCAACCUGCGCGAGGAGAUCGCUCAGAACGGCAAGAAUAGUCGCCCUUCGUUCCGGCGCCGUCUGUCCAUCUCCAAACGCUCCUUUGGCCGCACCUCGCUGUCGGGCCGGCCAGACACCAAAGUCCCGCCCUCGCCAAUGCGGACCCAUUCCCUCGAACAACAGCAGGAGCAGCCGCAGCACAUCAGCAACACACAGCGGCGGCUGUCUCGAACCCUCUCCGUCAUGAACCCGAGCAGGCAUGCCCACUCGGGAUCCACAUCCAUCAUCGACCCCUCAGCCACCCACUACCAAGACCCCGAGGCCCGGCAGAAGCUGCGGGCAUACCUCUCGUCGCCAACAAAAUUCGACGAGGCUGUCCAAUUCGGCUUUCCGGCCACGGACUCGCAACAACAGAUGUCCACGACGACGAGCGACAGGAAAAGGCAGUCCAGGCAAAGGCUGAGCCCAGCAGCAUCGUCCGAGAACAUGCGCUCGUUCCUCUACUUUGACGGCGACGAGGACGACGAGGAUCUGAGCGACGACAACGACGACGAUGACGACGUCAGCAGCGUGUCAGACCCAGAAUCCCCCAGGACCCCCCAGAUGGGCGGCCUGAUGCCGCCGCCGGGCCACCACCCUCCCACGAGGACCUCGACGGACCCGCUGCACCUCGACAGCGGCCAUCACCGGCGGGUUCCCACCGUCGUGUCAAAGCCGAUGACGAGCGACUCGCACGCGCCGAGCAGCCUGGCCUCCAGAGAGAUGACGAUGCGCAUGACGCUGACGAGGCCCGACCUGCGGGCCAACGAGGAGCUGAUCUACGGGUGGCGGAACCAGGCUACCCAGAGCGCGUAUAUUGCCCCUGGCCGCCGGUCCCAGUCGGCCCAGCUGACCCGCAACGACGUCGCCAUUGUCAAUGGGCAGACGACCACGGCGUGCUGGAGCAGCCAGGGUGCAGCCGGCGACGAGAGCAACGCGGAGAAGAUGUGGGCCGUCGUGGACCACUGGAACACAGAGACGGCGGCGGGCGACCAGAACGUGGUGAAGAGGUUCUGGAACAAGGUCAAGAGGACCUAGUGGGCCAUCUACCUCCGGUGGCCCGAGUGUAUCUGGCCGUCAUCGGACUUGCAGCAGAGCAAUAGCGUCUCGUC